AUGACUGCCGGGCUGAAGAAUGUUAUUGUUGUUGGCGGCUCCUUUGUUGGACUUGCCGCUGUGAAAGAACUUGCUGCACUUCUACCUGUCACCCACAGCGUACUGUUGAUAGAACCACAUAGUCACUUUCACCAUCUAUUCGCCUUUCCCCGAUUCGCCAUCGUCCCAGAAUAUGAACACAAAGCCUUUAUCCCCUAUACCGGCUUCUUCUCUUCUCUACCAAACGCCACCAACCAUGCCAUAGUGAGAGCCAGAGCCGUCUCUCUGCAAAAGAACCAAAUCACACUUGACCGACCAUGGCAAGGCUCAACAGAGAUUUCCUUCGACUACGCAGUUGUAGCUACCGGAACACGUCUUCAGUCUCCGAGUAACAUGCAACACGAUGACAAGAAGCCCUCAGUAGAUUACUUCAAGACAUAUCAGCAAGGUAUCAAGAACGCUGAGUCGAUUGUAAUUGUUGGCGGUGGAGCCGUCGGCGUGCAGAUGGCUACUGAUCUAGGGGAGGUUUAUCCCGAAAAGAAGGUUACGUUGGUGCAUUCGAGAGAUCGACUUAUGCAGCUCUAUCAUCCGAAGAUGGAUGCUAUCAUCCGCGACCGUUUGGAAGAGCUUGGUGUAGACGUGGUCACCGGCACACGAGCAGUCAUCCCAGACAAAGGUUUCCCAACAGACGGCUCAGAUUUCGAACUCGAAUUGAAAGACGGCCGCAAGAUACCCACGAAUCUUGUCAUCCCAGCAACUGGUCAAACGCCCAACAACCAGUUCCUACAAGACUUGGAACCUACCCCAGGACAUGAGAUCCUCAACCGAACUAAUGGCUUCAUCAAAGUUUCGCCAACUUUGCAAUUUGCUGAUCCAGCCUAUUCGAACCUGUACGCCUGCGGUGAUAUUGCCGACAGCGGAGCUCAUAAGGCAGCUCGACCUGGGGCAGCACAGGCAGCAGUCGUAGCACAGAAUAUUGCUGCCAUGGUUCCGGGUGGAUCACCUACGAACAAGAUCACUGUUGAUCCUCCAGCUAUCCAUUUGUCGUUGGGAUUGACGAAGAACAUGGUGUUUAGAAAUCCUCCUAAAGGCGAGUCCGAGCCCAUGAUUAUCUGGAGAGACGACGGUGCACGAGAUAUGAAGAUCGAGGGCGUGUGGGAACGACGAGGCAUGAGAGUUGCGCGUCUAGAUGACUACCACCUGUGA